AGCUACGUCGAAUUUGCGAUGACUCGCGUCCGAAUGCUGCAGCACUACGGUGUCACGCCGUACCUGGUAUUCGAUGGGGACAGACUACCAGCCAAAGCCAAGACUGAAGCCGAUCGAGCUGCUCGACGCCAAGAAAAUAGAACGAGAGCCAAGACGUUGCUGAAACAGGGUCUCACUAAACAAGCGCACGACAUCUUCGCAAAGAGCGUCGACGUCACUCCAGCCAUGGCCUACCAGCUCAUCAAAGAGUUGCGCAAAGCAGGUGUGCCGUACAUUGUAGCGCCAUACGAGGCAGAUGCACAGCUGGCAUACUUGGAAAAGAGGGGGGAUAUACAAGGCAUCGUCACCGAAGACUCUGAUCUGCUCGUAUUUGGUUGCCACACCGUCCUCUACAAGCUCGAGCCUAGCGGCGAUUGCGUCGAGCUCAGACGCGACCAGCUCACUCGCUGCAAGGCCCUGUCGCUGCACGGCUUUGACGAUGCCCACUUCCGUCAAAUGGCUAUUCUGUCAGGCUGCGACUACCUCGAAUCCAUCGUCGGCAUGGGCCUCAAGACUGCACAUCGUCUGCUACGCAAGUGCGACACUGUCGCAAAAGCUCUGCAGGCUGCUCGCAUGGAAGGCAUGCGCGUUCCGAAGGACUAUCAGGAGCGCUUCAACACUGCAGAGCGCACCUUUGUCUUUCAAAGAGUGUUCGAAAGGAACUCGGAGGGUGCUGUCAGUCUUACCACACUUAAUCCUCUACCAGGUGCCGAGGCAGAGAACAUCGACAAGGACCCAUGCAUCGGUCACGAAGUGCCCAGAGAGCAGUGCCUCAGCCUGGCAAAUGGGGAUCUCGAUCCAAUCACGCGCGAGGCAGUGGUCGACCUUGGCAGAGUUCAAACCUCAUCACAGCAUGCCGCAACACGAUACGCGAAGCACGGUACGACGCCUCGAAGUCCUUUCAGUGCAUCUCGCUCCGCCAAUGUCCCAUCAGGGCAGCGCUAUUCCUCACAUUUGACCGAAAAGCAACCCAAGAUGACAAGCUUCUUCGGAAAGACGACCUCUGAGACUGCCGUUGGUGCAGCUAGCUCCCGCAAGCAGGUCGAGCGGAGAGCAUCGAGCGCGAAGCAGUCACACGCGUCCACCGGACACGCGUUCACUUCCACGAAGUCCGCUGUACAGCUGGCUACUCCAGAAAGUUCAAUCGUGCAGCGAAGUAGGUUUUUUCCUGCUGACGACGAAACCGCACUGCCUGCUCAAUCUCGCGUAGCGACGGCAGCUGAACAAUUAAAUGAUGAUAGCGCAAUUUCUUCGGCACACGACGCCCCCGUCGCGGAUUGUCUUCAACAGCGCUGCAUAUCAGACAAAGAGGACUCGGGCUAUUGGCUCGGCAACGAUGCGGGCCGCCCCGAAGCCUCGCAAAUUUCGGACCUCGACGAUUCUUCACCACCACGCUCUUCGGUUGCAGAUGGUCUCAUCUCGUCUCCUAUUACGCCUGGUCGCCGAUCAGCAGAGCGAUGCUCCAUCUCGCCAGCAAGCAUCGGCGCACGCAAGCGGUUGCGUCUCGAUGAGUCUAGCCCGCAAUCAGAAGGUAGGCACGGCGAUGAGGACGAGGUCGUGGAAUCCCCGACUUGCGCGAAGGCACGUCAAAUCGUCACGCUCAGGUCAAGAGGGAGGAUCGAUCGCACUGAUCCAGACCUCUUCUGGGAUAUGCACGGGGCUGUCCGUGAAGACGCGAAGCUCGAACAAGCUUCAAGACGACUCUCAUCAGAUCUGCGCUCGAAGUUCACGUUCUGUGAUGCGUCGUCAGCCCACCGCUCGGCGCGAACACCCAUGAAAGCCGUCACGGGUCCCACGGCGUCACUCGAACUCAAUAAUGCUCAGGUGCCAAGUACGAAUGCGUUGGCAGAUCGUCGCAACACGCCCGGCCUCAAGACGCCUCACGUUGCAAGCAAAACUCGGGAAACAAAAGCGCCCCGCAGCGCGACGACCAGCAAGCCCAGGCUGGAUUUCCAGCUCGACAGUCACGCCUCGAGCAACACCAAGCGCACAGCCAAACAAGAUACAGCGACACCGCGCCGCUCAGGUAUCAGCAUUCCGACACCAUUGUCAAUGUCAAAGCUGGAUUCCUUCCGCUUCAUGCCUGGCGCUGUUUCACGUGCGCAUACCUGGCACCCGGCACUCUCUGCGCCUGGGACCUCGAACGGUACCGUGAACGCGAAGGAGGGCGGCGCAGUAGCCGCUGACCAGGCUCCUAUCUGCCCAAGAAUUUACGACCCGGUUGACUGUCGUCAACUCACGCGAUGCUCGGACUCUGAGGCCACGCGAUGCUCUACUGCUGAGCUUCCUCAGCGAGAGCCGCUGAAGGACCUAUCUAUGUUUCGGUUUGAGAAUCGAUAGCACUUUCCUGCGAUGGCGCCUGAUUCAAUCCAUUGCGCAGUCCUCGAUAUCCAAUGCACACCUUCCGGUCGCGUUUCACUCUUGCGCCUCAACAGCACGCACGUAGCCUAGGCAAGCUCCAGAACUUUAUGCAAAUGCAUCAAUUCCAU